AUGGGUGAAGAAGACGCCGCGACGGCGGAUCAGAACAGUUCAGGUGGUGGCAAAGAUUCUCUCCUCCGUAAUCGCCGUUCGUCGACAUUGCCUCCACCGCAACAGCUAUCUUCUAAAGUGCUUACAUUGCCUACCGUAUUAACCCUUGGCCGAGUAGCUGCCGUUCCGAUUCUCGUCGCAACCUUUUACGUUGAUUGCUGGUGGGGGAAAACUGCCACAACAAGUAUUUUUAUUGCAGCAGCCAUUACAGAUUGGCUUGAUGGGUAUAUCGCCCGGAAGAUGAGACUAGGUUCUGCGUUUGGUGCAUUUUUGGAUCCAGUGGCAGAUAAGCUUAUGGUAGCAGCAACAUUGAUUUUGCUGUGCACUAAACCCAUGGACGCCAUUGUCUUAGGACCAGCCCCAUGGUUAGUGACGGUACCUUCAAUUGCCAUUAUUGGUAGAGAGAUUACUAUGUCUGCAGUAAGAGAAUGGGCUGCAUCUCAAAACGGCAAGCUUUCAGAGGCUGUUGCUGUGAAUAGCUUGGGGAAGUGGAAAACGGCAACGCAGAUGAUAGCGCUAACGAUACUUCUUGCAAGCCGGGAUAGCAGUUUUGAGAGACUAUUACCGUCGGGUAUUGGGUUGCUAUAUGUAUCUGCAGGGCUCUCUAUAUGGUCUUUGGUUGUUUAUAUGAAGAACAUAUGGAGAGUACUGCUAAAGCAGAAGUAG